AUGUUGCCGGUGGCUGUCGUAAUGCUCCCGUUUCUCGGGGGUUCAGAUGCUUUCACUCCACAGCUACCUCUCGAAACUGCCGUCGAUGAUGUUCGCGGCUACGAGCUGCAUAAUCUCCAACUCAUUCGUCCAUACAGCAAUACCCCUCAUUGGGAUCUUCGCGGUGACGCAUUCAUAUCGAGGAACAAAAUUCGCCUCACAAGAGAGGCUCAGUCUUUGAAUGGAUCGAUUUGGAGCAGAAAUCGUGUGAUGGUGAGAGACUGGGAAAUCCAGGUCGAUCUGCGAAUCUACAGCGCUUCAUCUCCUCCAGCCGACGGUAUUGCUAUUUGGUACAUUCGAAAACCCGAUACGGGAUCAGCAUGGGGAGGACCAGCGAACUUUUCUGGAAUUGGCGUAGUCCUCGAUACGUAUACGAACACGAUCGGUGGAAUGACGUCGCGUCAGAGUUCAAGGCUUUUUGUCAUUCUAAACAAUCCUGCUCACGGUGCAGUGGUUGACUCUUCAACAGAUGGUAGUAAUCUUAGAGUCGAGUCAGAGUGUAGUUUAGGGAAUGAUCCUGUUGCGUACAAAGUCCCGCCCUCGUAUGAUCAUACUCCAACUAUUAGGAUACUGAUACGAUAUGUGCAUGAGUAUAUCGAAGUUCUCUAUGCACUACCUACCACUGAGCAUUGGAAGCUUUGUACAAACGCAAGUGCUCUGUUUCUGCCUAUCAAUUACCAUGUGGGAGUUUCGGCAGCAACAGGAGAACUGAAAAGCACACACGAACUCCUAUCACUGAAAGUAUAUCAGAUUGAUACCCCUCCUCAUAUUCUCCAGAAGCCAGUGGAUAUGCCAGUGUACCUUGCGGCAUUUACGGGGACACCCGGCGCCCAAGAAACAUCGUCCUGGAACCUGCUGGAGAUAACCAUUUUUGUUGUGUUAGUAUUGGCAACUCUAUAUGGUUUAUACUACAUCACUGAUAAGUGCAUUGACGACAGUUUCAUUAUGGCAAGACCACGACGAAGAUUCUACUAA